GCUAACUGAUCGGCUCCUCCCCGCCCGAUCAGCUCUGCUCUCGUUUCUUCUGGCCUGGCUCGGCGCUCCACUCCACAACCUGGGACUUGACAACACGGAGAUCCCGGAAGUGAGGCGAAGGUUCGGUCAGAGGCGCAGCGGCUGCGUCGCGUCCUCGGAGAGUCGUCGUCAUGUCUACGGCUAUGAACUUCGGGACGAAAAGCUUCAAGCCGAGACCGCCGGACAAAGGCGCUUUCCCUCUGGAUCAUUUCGGUGAGAAGGUUCCGCCCCGCCCCCCCCGCAACCGUCCAUCCCCUCGAUUGCGCAUGUGCGAUUCGUCCACCGACCAUAGAGAGGACGUUGGAUGGGGGAUAGAAAGUACGGCAGGCAUUUCCGGCCUAAAAGCGAACUCCCAAGUACAGUCAAUAAGGGCGCUUGCCAUAGAUGCGCAAGGGAUAGAGCGGUACCGCUGUGAGCCCAUAGAAACGAUAGCUUUCCGUUAGCCGAACCUCUGUCAUGGGCCCCCUAGGGGAGGGGAGGGGAACUUUUGACUAUCGUGUUGCUGAUGGACUAUAACUUCCAUCAUCCUUGGUGGGGGCCGUGCUGGCUAGGGCUGAUGGGAGUUGGAGUCCCACAACACCUGGGGGCGCAUUUUCCGCCAUAAAAAUGGAAGAGGAGGGCUGCAAAUCAAUGUUUUUUAAAGCUCCACCUCCAGCACAAGAAUUGACACUGGGACCAGUAAGAGAGGCAGCAGAACAUUCAUUCAUUCAUUCUUUAUUUAUUUCUAUUGCAUUUUAUUUAUUUAUCUUAUUUUGUAAAAUUUAUGCACCAUUUGAUUGUACAGUGGUACCUCGGGUUACAUACGCUUCAAGUUAAAUACGCUUCAGGUUACAGACUCCGCUAACCCAGAAAUAGUACCUCGGGUUAAGAACUUUGCUUCAGGUUGAGAACAGAAAUCGAGCUCUGGUGGCGCGGCAGCAGCGGGAGGCCCCAUUUGCUAAAGUGGUACCUCAGGUUAAGAACAGACCUCCAAAACGAAUUAAGUUCUUAACCUGAGGUACCACUGUAUAAAAUAGACAAACCUCAAAGCGGUCUACAAAAAUAGAAUCAAGAAAAAAAUCACAAGCCUAUUUUAAAACAUACAAAAAUAUAUAUCUAUCUCCCUUGGGGGGGGGGUAAGGAGCUCAAGGUGGCAUUUGUAAUUCUCCCCCUCUGUAAGGCAUCAUCUGCACUGUACAUAUAAAGCAAUAGCAUAAGAACAGCCUGCUAGAUUGAGCCAAUGCCACUAUAGAUCUAAAGCAGCAUCACACCACUUAAAUAGUCAUGGCUUCCCCCAAAGAAUCCUGAGAACUGCUAAUGAAUUCUAAAUCAGCAACUUCACACUGAAUUCCCCCUUUGAAACUAUUUUUUCUUGGACCUUAGUGACCUGAAGGUUUGCUGGCACCUUGGUGGUUUCAAUGUGUGUCCCCGCCUACUGCAUUACGUUCUCGUGCUGAGCCACAGCAGACAGCCUGUCCUUUGAAUAGCGCUAUUGUUUUGUCUUACUCUUAAUUCCAUGUCUGUUUCUUUUCAUGCCUCCUGUUUCAAAAAACGUGCUUUCCUUCUGUUGAACAGGUGAAUGUACAGCUUUCAAAGAAAAAUUCAUGAAGUGUCUGAGGGAGAACAGCUUUGAGAAUGCAUUGUGCAGGCAGGAAUCAAAGGAAUAUUUAGAAUGCAGAAUGGAGAGGCAAGUGCAUUCUUAUUUGCAACACUUCACUUAAGCUAAUGGAUGUUUGCUCUCAAUUUGCCAGAGACAACUUAUGCUGGGCUGUCAGUGCACGGUGGAUUUUUGGCUCCGCAAACCACUGCUUCAUUUUUGAAAUCUGUAAAAUUACAGUACUUAAUUCCCCUUGCCCUCUUUUCUUUUCUCCUCCUCCUCCUCCUCUUCUUCUUUUGCUGACAAUGAGUCCACAUCCACCCCAUACAUUUAAAGCACUGUUGUACCCCUUUAACAGUCACUGCUUUCCCCAAGGAAUCAUGGGAACUGUAGUUAAGGGUUUUGAGAGUUUUUAGGAGACCCCCGUUUCCCUCCCAGAUCUACAGUUUCCUGAGAAGAACAGUUGAUUGUUAAAUCACUUUGUAGUUUUUGCUUUGACUUUGUAUAAAGUAGCUUCCUAUGUCCCUGUGUUUCUAGGGUGGCUGAGUGGUCCAAUGGACUAGAAACCUGUUUUUAAAAGGGAAACUGACGACCUUGGCAAUUCAAAUUCUCUAGCCCCUACCCCUUUUGUGAGCUUCUGUGCAUUCUUAAGCAACCACUGCCCACACAUUUUCAAGCAUAUUUUUAUAUCCAUAAGCCAGGAACCUACCUUUAAAAGAAAGCAAACCAACACCCUUAAGAAUACACAUUCUUUGCCAGGGGUUCCUCUGCAGUCCUGUAGAAUCAUGUGAAUCUUCUGGGUUUAUUUUUUUAUUUUAUUUUAAGGAGCACAAAAUUAUUCAGAAAAUGAAAUUGCUAAGCAUGCCAAUUUCAAGUUUAAUGCUUUUCAAAUUGUUUUUUGUUUGCUUGUUUGUUUAGACAACUUAUGGCCAAAGAACCACUGGCAAAAUUGGGAUUUAAAGACCUAAUAGAAGAAAAAUCAGAAACCCAACAGGAGACAUUGUGAUGAAGAGAAAGAGAAUCCUAACCUUCUCCUAUAGAAAGGAGCAAAUCUGCUGUGGUACAUAUUGUACAUUUCAGAUCCUAUCUUGAUAUGAAGUGCUCCUUGGAAGAAGCUGUUGCCAAGUAGAAGAUUUACAGUGCAAUCUUGUACACUUAUCUACUCAGCAGUAAAUCUCACUGAGUUUAAUAGGGCUUACUCCCAAGUAAAGGGAUCGGACUGGUGCGAUGCUGUCCCCACCCAGUUGGUUCCAGUGAACUCAGUGAGUUUUCCUUCUGAGGACAUGUGUGUGCUGUUAGUGUGGGGAAGGAAAUAUCCCUUGGAUAUUCAAAUUUGGACUACAAGCUCCCAGUACUUGCUUUGCGAAAGAUUCAGCCCACCAGCCCUGGUUCUGUCCAGCACAGAACUCAUUGCACUGUGCAUUGGGUUCAGCUUCUCUUCUUACAAUUGGUAUAAAUAAUAAAUUAUUAUUAUUUGAGAGAAAUGCUUCCUAGGAUCUUAAGUGCAUUUGCUUAGAAAGAAGGUGUGCUGAAAUUGUUCACUGGGACUUGCAUCCACAUGAAAGGCCUCUAGGAUAGGCAUGUAAAUAAAUAAUUUGUUUUCCAAUCAGAUUGUUUCUGAUCAUUUCAUUCCUGAAUCCAGCCCUCCUCUCCGU